CAGCAAACCGCCCGCAAGUCGACAGGAGGCAAGGCUCCUCGCAAACAACUCGCUACCAAGCAGACUAGAAAGAGCAUUGCGGCUAGUGUGAAGAAGCCUCAUCGCUUCAGACCUGGCACAGUCGCCCUCCGUGAAAUCAGGAGGUACCAGAAAUCCACCGAGCUGCUCAUCCGCAAGCUCCCCUUCCAGAGGCUCGUGCGCGAGAUUGCCCAGGACUUCAAGACCGAUCUUCGCUUCCAGUCGUCCGCUGUUCUUGCCCUGCAAGAGGCUAGCGAGGCUUAUCUAGUAUCUCUCUUUGAGGAUACCAAUCUGGCUGCCAUUCACGCCAAGAGGGUCACCAUUCAGCCCAAAGAUCUCGCUCUCGCACGCCGUCUCCGGGGCGAACGUUCCUAA